GACGGCUGCGGCCGCUGUGCGGCACACACAGCUCACCAGACGACCGGAUACCGCGGCGGGACGGCGGGCGACGGACGCAGCAGCGCCGGGGCCGACGACAUCCCCAGGACACACAGGGCGGCCGAGGUCACCCCGCCGGGGCCGGCGACACCCCAGGAUACUCAGCAGCUGAGGUCACCCCAAGUCAAUCUCCAGGGAUCCAGCAGCAGGACCGCCAACACAAAGACUGGGAAAGAUGAACGGCACAUCGACUCCUGUGGCGCUUCUAGCGGCACUGGCUGCUCUCUUCAGUCUUCUAACUGCAGUGCACGCCGUGCGGCCAAUGUUUGUGGAGUCACUGAAGAACCUCACGGUGCCCAUCGGCCGAGACGCCACCUUCACCUGCGUGGUCCGCCACCUCGGAGGAUAUCGCGUCGGGUGGGUGAAGGCGGAUUCCAAGGCGAUUCAGGCGAUUCACACGCACGUCAUCACACAUAACCCGCGUGUGCGGGUGUCUCACCGGGACCAGACCACGUGGAACCUGCACAUCAACCAGGUGCAGGAGGAGGACCGGGGCACCUACAUGUGCCAGAUCAACUACGACCCCAUGAUGAGUCAGUACGGCGUGCUCGAGGUGGUGGUACCCCCGGACAUCAUCAGCGACCAGUCGUCGGGCGACCUGACGAUCCCCGAGGGCGGCAGCGGCGAGCUGCGAUGUAAGGCGCGCGGCUACCCGACUCCGGUCAUCACCUGGCGCCGGGAGGACGGUCGACCGAUCGCCGUGUCCCGUCGGCAGCCGAGCGGCGGCGACUGGCAGAACGGCGGCGGCUGGAGAGACGUGGACGGCGUGCUCCGACAGGACGGAGCCCGCGAGCCACCGUACGAAGCCACAGAGUACCGGGGCGAGGUGCUGCCGCUGGACAAGGUGCGACGCUCCGAUACUGGCUACUACCUCUGUAUCGCCAGCAACGGCCUGCCGCCCAGCGUCUCCAAGAAGAUCAAACUCGAGGUGCACUUCCACCCGGUGGUGCAGGUGCCCACCCAGCUGAUCGGCGUGCCCCUGUGGACUGAUGUCACCCUGCGCUGUCACGUGGAGGCACUGCCCAAGUCCAUCAACUACUGGAACAAAGAGCCUGGAGGUCCGAUUCUGAUCGCCAACGACCGUCUGAACAUCACUGAGGAGCGCGACACCGAGUACUCGCUGUGGAUGACGCUCACCAUCCACACGUUCGACCUGUCCGACGCCGGCGACUACGUGUGCACGGCCAAAAACUCCAUCGGCGAGGUGCAGAGCACCAUACAGGUGUAUGCAGAGAUCCGGCCGAGGGAGCCGGGUACACCGGCGGCUGAGGUGGACACAGAGCUCACCUACCAGACGCCCGGCGAGGAGCAGGCGCCGCCGCGGACCGGCCUGGAGCGGGACCAGAGCCGCGGAGCGCGGAGAGACCCGCCGUUCUCGGCCGGAGAGGAGGGAGGUCGGCGUCGGACGGCCGGCGGCCGGCAGCGUCAGCCCAGCCGGGAGACAGGGAGCGAGCCUGGAGCCGGCGCGGAGCCGGUCAGCUCCGGAGCGGCUGCCGCCGGACCCUGGCUGCUGCUGAUGGUCACAGCACUCCUGUCCUCCAGUCUGCUGAGACCGAGCGUCCCCGACCGCCGGCACUGGUGAGGGUUCGUCAUGGGGGCACGGCGACCUCGGCAGGGUCAGAGGUCAGAGUGUGACCUCACGAAGGCCAGUGAGGAGCGACAGUGAACACACGGGUAUCGUGCUGGGGACGGGAUGUUAUACAUGUGAUACAGCAGAGCCGAAGACCGAAUGAGUGGCGAUGCAGCUGACUCGUUGGACUGUCGUUGAACACAGGACAGAGGCUAGUCACCAGUAGUCGGUAGACCCAGGCAGAACGGUAGGAUGGUGUGCUCACUGGUAAAAACGGAGAAGACGGUAACUAGAACUAUGGUGUGCGUUGAGAAUAUGCUGAGAGAAACGACAUGGAACUGAUGGAGCGCGAUAAUGAUCGUCAAUGCUUAAUAUUGCAUUAAGCUCGAUCAGGGGUCACUGUUGGUCAAUAGACAAGUUCAGCCGACACAGCAGUCAGGACGUUGAGCCGAGCAUGGGACAGCCGGACUCGCCAUGAACAGGUUUGCUGACGGACCUUAGUCAUAGGUUGGCGGUCGACGGACAAGUGCCGGGCCUGCCUCACCGACUGUCGCGGUGUGAGGCAGAUCACGCUAGGUCGGGUUAGGUCGGGUCGGGUCAGGUCGGGUGGACCAGCCGCUCCAUAACGGUUACAUGUCCGCGGCGGUCACCACCAUUCACAAAAGACAGAUACCCCGUACCCGGUCCGAGUUUUGCUUCAGAAGCAACCCGCUCUUCAAGAUCCAAAACCGUCUUGUUUAACAACGACGUUUAUUCCUAUACGAAUUACAAACCAACUAGUCACCAGUUUUAAAUAUCCUCAAUCUGCCCUCUAAUUGCUGAGCCUUGACUUUCCCUUUGGAUAGCGAUAGGUGACCUGUCCUCGCUUGGCGUCGCGAAUCGUACACAUGAAAUGUGCGUGAGUGCUUCCUCACGAGCGAAUGAUCGUGCCAUACGUAUGAGGGUGUGCAGGUGUGUGCGCACUUCGGAGAGAACUUUAACUUCCAUCAUGCAGCAAAUCCCUAUAGGAUGACACGAGCGGGACUUCAAUCGCUCUUCGUAGAAAGGGAGCAUGCCACAGACCAUCCUUAUCUGAAAAUAUCUACGCACGGUGUCGUUAAUGUACAUUGUUAUCCAUGCUUGUUCGUGUGAUGUUGGCCGGUUGGGUUCCUGGAACCAUGAACUCCGGAUGGUGUGGCAGAACGGAAUCCUUGAGCCGUUGCUCGGCAUCAAUUGUAUAAGAGUUUGGGGAAUAAGACCAUCUCAUACCGUAGCGUGACUACGGAGACUCGCGGGCAUAUGUAACCAAAUUGUUGCGGAAGAGAGGGCCAGGUUAGAUGUGACCAAUAAAAGUUUACCAUACGUUACUGAUUAUCACAUGCAUGCCGCUGUGUUUGUCCUGUUGUAAGCUUUCACAGCUUCAAUACAAUGAAUUAAUGUGA